AUGGAUGUUAACGGCUUGCUUCAAUGCUUUGCGAGUACACUAGAUCAUGAUGCCACGACCAGAUCACACGCCGAAGCGCAAUUAAAGGAGGCAAGUAAAGUUCCUGGGUUUUUAGGAGCCUGUUUAGAUAUUAUAUCUUCGAAUGAAAUCCCAGAAAACAUUAAGUUAUCUGCAUCCCUCUACUUUAAAAACAAAAUUGUUUACGGUUGGGUUGUAUCUGCAUACUCAGCUAGCAAGAAUGAGCUAUUGAACCAUGGCGUGGAUGCCGACGAAAAGCCUGUUGUCCAAGAUAUGAUUAUCCAGACUAUGCUGCGAUGCUCAAGUAAUUCAGCUCAUUGUCUCAGAGUCCUAAGACCAGCCCUGAAAACUAUUAUUUUAGAGGAAUAUCCAAAGGGCAAAUGGAAUGAUCUAUUACCAAAAUCAUUAGAAUUGCUAUCUAAUGAUGAUAUCAACGUUGCACAUGUUGGACUGAUAUGUCUAUCUGAGCUAUUCAGAACAUUUAGGUACAAAGAAAACGAUGAUCGCCAAGAACUCGAGAAAUUAAUUUUACAGUACUUCCCUGACUUAUUGGCAUACGCCAACAAUACCUUACUAAAGGAAGGUGAGAACAUGAAUGAUCCUAAAAUUGGUGAAUUAUUGAUUUUAAUUUUGAAAAUUUACAAGUUUGUGACAUACCAUGAUCUGCCUUUUACUCUCCAACGUGCAGAGUUCUUUGUCCCAUGGGCAAACCUUUUUGUAUCCAUCAUACAAACACCUGUCCCUGAGUCAAUCAUGAACAUCACAGAUAUUGAUCAGAGAAAACACAAUCCAUGGGUCAAAUGUAAGAAAUGGUCAUAUGCAAAUCUCUUUAGAUUAUUCUACCGUUAUGCAUCGCAGACAUUAUCUGGAAGAUUUGACUAUUCUGACUUCAAAACCCUAUAUAUGAAUGAGUUUCUACCCCAGUUAUUAUCCCUUUUAUUCCAACAAAUCGAAGAAUGGGGGAGCGGUUCUAUUUGGUUAAGUGACGAAUCAUUAUAUUAUGUCUUAUCUUUCAUAGAGCAGGCUGUCACACAGAAAAGCCCUUGGAAACUAAUAAGUCCUCAUUAUUCUACCAUACUGCAACAUGUCAUAUUUCCAUUAUUGCGUCCGACAGAAGAAACAUUGGAUGAAUUCGAAAAUGAUCCUCAAGAGUAUAUCCACAGAAAUUUGGAACUUUGGAAUGAUGAUUACUCUCCAGAUAUUGCUGCCAUUUCGUUACUAACUACAGCAGUGAAUAAGAGAGGUAAAACUACAAUCCAGCCAACGAUGGAGUUUGUUAUAGAUACAUUGCAAAAGAAUAGCGGGGAUUUGAACUCACUUUCUUUACAGAAUGCCUUGAACAUCGAAGCCGCCUUCAGAAUAUUUUCUAAUAUACUUGACAGGUUAGUUGCCAAGGGUUCACCAUAUGCUAAUGAAAUUGAAGGAUUUUCAAAAACUUUCAUUUUCCCAUUCUUUAACUCGCAAUAUGGAUUUCUACAAAGUAGGGCAUGUGAAAUAGCAUCGAAAUUAGGCUUUGUGGAGUUUAAGGAUCCUUCCACCAUCGAAACAAUAUAUACUGGUAUCACUAAAUGUCUUAAUGAUGCUUCUGACUGUCUACCUAUCAACUUAUCUGCUGCGUUGGCGCUACAAACAUUUGUACAGGAUGCAUACUUCCAACAGGCUAUGUCAGAAUCUGUUGUUCCUAUUAUGCAAAAAUUACUUGAACUAUCUAAUCAGUUUGAAUCUGAUUCAAUUGCUGGUGUUAUGCAAGAAUUUGUAGAACAAUUUGCGGAGCAACUACAGCCAUUUGGUAUUGAGUUAGUCAACAAUUUGAUUCAACAAUUUUUAAAAUUGGCAAUCGAUUUAAACGAUGCAUCUAAUAUCGACCCAACCAACUAUAUGAAUGGAGAAAGUCUUCCAGAUGAGAGUGACAAACAAAUGGCUGCAUUAGGUAUCCUAUCCACUAUCAUUUCUCUUCUAUUAUCGUUUGAAAACUCCAUUGAGAUUGUGAAGAGCUUAGAGCAAUCGUUUUAUUCUGCAGCUGAAUUUAUUUUAAAUAACCAACUGGAUGAUUUUUAUCGUGAAGUUUGUGAGUUUUAUGAGAACUCCACAUUUUUAUUAAGGGACAUUACCCCAGUCACGUGGAAGAUUUUAGAGCUGAUUGGUGAAUGUAACAACAAAGAGGAUAGUAUGGUUACAUAUUUCCUCGAAGAUUUUAUGCUAAUUUUCAACAAUAUAUUUGUUUAUGGAAGUGAAGAAUUACAAAAAAAUAAUUUUUAUUGCAAGAUAUUUUAUGAGAUUUAUAAUAACACUAAUAUUGAUGAAGAUUCUGACUUUGAUGAGAUCAAUAUAAUAUUUGAUUACAGUCAAAAGUUGCUAUUAUCACUUGGAUCACAAAUCCCUGCAGGAAUAAGAGAAUCCAUUCUACAGAAUGCUAUCACCUGUAUCGUUAUUAAUAAGACCGACUUAAAAAAACACAUCGUAUUUGGUGUAACCACUUUCAAUGCUAUAAUUGCCAGUAUGGUUUCCGCACCAUUGGAUACCUUAAAGUUUGUUUAUAACCAUAGUUGUUUACCAUUAUUUUUUGAUGUAUGGUUAACAGUUUACAUUCCAAAUUAUAAGAGGAUCUAUGACAUUAAACUUUCUACUAUGGCAUUGCUAAAUUUAAUUGGUCAACUACCCCCACAAGAAAUUUCACAAAUGUCAAUAGAGCAAGUGCUACCAACAUUAGGGAAUUCUCUUGUCCAUUUGAUGUGCAAGUAUCCUCAAGCAGAAUUGGAACUAAAGGAGAAAAGAAAAGAAUUUACUUCAUCCGCAUUGGGUGAUGAUAUUCAGACACCUUGGAGUGAUGCGAUUGAACUGAAUGAUGACGACGACGAUGAUACUACCGUAGAUGAACGAACUUUUGAGAAUUAUCUAGAAUUGAUGAAGAAAGAUAAUGGUGAUGGCAAUUUUGCAGAUGGUCUAACAUUUGAUGAUGAUGAAACUUUCGACGAUCUAGAAGAGGACCCAUUAACAAAAUCUAUUUUGGACGAUAUAAAUAUAAGUGCUGUAUUCAAGACAUCAAUGGGCGAACUCCCAACUUCAAAUGGCCCAGUUUACCAAUCUGCAUUUUCUAAUGUCUCAAGUGAAGACCAAGCUUCAUUGGCCAAUAUAUUAGGGAAUUAG